AAUCCAAAUUGCUUAGAGACGCCGCCAUAUUGGACGUACACAAUUGAGAGCGUCCCUGUAAACAUUACCGUAACUUUUAUGCGCAAGACUUUGUUUUCUUCAAAAAAGUAUCGCAGUUGUAAGAAGAAACAGCAAUGGCAAGUAGGGCCAGCAGAAGCUCUCAAGGGGGUAAACCCUUUUCUGCACACAGAUCCCAGACUGGCCUAAGUCGUGCUGGAGCAUUGGGUCAGAGAUACCCAGAGAUCAAACAAAGAGGUUUCUACUCUGAUAUCAUAGGAACUGAAGCUGUUGAUGGAGAACUAGGGGACAUAUUAAAUGGACCGCCAACAGCUCAUGACACACGUUGGAAUGUUGCCAAGGAAAAACAUACACCGAAAGUAACAUCGUUUGAGGCUAACACUGAUUUCUCACAGGCUAUGAGAAACCAAUCGUAUGGACCUACAACAGAAAUCACUGACAUCUCUGACUUUCCAGUGAAAGCAUCAGAGCCAAAAGUACAAUUGCCAUUCUACACAAAACCUGGGGAAUGCCCUCGUAAAAUUGAAAUUGAAAGAAAGAGAAGGUUGUAUGAAACACUCAGUUUACCAGAAUUGUUAAAACAGGAAAACAUUCAGACAAAACUUCUGAUGCCCAAAGAGCAAUCAGGGGAAGCUAUAGAACUGAACAAAACUCCAGAUGAUCCUGCACCAUUUCCACCAUUUCUGCCAUUACACAUAUUUGAUAACGAAGAGUUUGACUGUCGUACCCCUGAGGAAUGGAUCAACAUGGGUUUAGAAGGUGGCGUACGCAAGCCUUGUCCAGGUGUAGCCUUACUGCCAAAGAAGGAUUCUGAUGCAGAUUUGCCCCCUACAGAUCCAAGUAUUGUCUAUGACUGGUUUGAUGUGGGAGUGUUGGACUAUGACUGUGAUAAACAGCAGUACCUUGUACAGAAAGUGAACAGACAGGGAAGAGUUGUAGAUACUGAUGGAAAUGCUAUAGUUAAUGGAGGGAAAAGUGCAGAUGGUUUAAGGAUAUGCUUACCCUCCCAGUACUGGAUACCUAGAGUGAGGUUGAUGUUCUGUGCGGAGGAUCCCCGUGUAUUCACACAGCGUGUAGCAGAGGCAUUUAGACUGAGGAAAAACACAGAGGCUCUGCUGAGAUAUAACCUGUAUAUAGACUGUAUGCCUAUGGAUGGUGUAGGAGAGCUUGACCAGGCCUCACUGAAGAGAAUGGUAGAGUGGGCAAGGACUGCUCCAGGACUGUCAAAGGACAAAGGCCUUGAGGAUGGAAUACAGGCUCUUGAAAAGGAAGCUAACAUAGACUUCUGUCGUUCCAUGAACAGAAUUAUCUUUGACAAAAUCAUUGAGCAGGAUAAUUCCACAUUUGCUUUUGUGUCAGUGCCGGCUAUUGAGGAUAAACCUGUGCCAUUCAAAGCUUGUAGUACAGAUGUACCGGAAUAUGACUAUGAUGGGGUGUAUGAUGCAUUUGCCUUCAACUCCCUGCUGACCAGGGUAGAGAGUAUCAAAGCUACAGGAACAGUGGCCAUUGAGUGUAAUGAAGUGGCCAACAAAUGUCUGUAUCAUGUCCCUACAACCAAACCUAUGAGGAUUGAGGAGUUUGAACAAACACAAGCUCAGGUUACAUCACAGGUGGCAUUGUUCUUGAAAGACUCAUGGAUCUCAACAUUGAGGGCUGCCAUCAGAACAAAACUGCGCGAUGUUGGCAAGGGUUGGUUCAACAUACAUGAAACUAACUUCGAAGUGUAUCAGAUAUCUAAACUGAAGAAAUUUAUGGAAAUGGUCAAAUUCAUGAUGCAGGAUUCUAUGAGAUUUUUAGUACAGAAUUCUCUGUACUCCUUCACGCAGAUGAUUCUUGAUGCCUGCCAUUCUACAGUGAAACUUGAGGAGGAUUUUGUUUGGGGAAAAGAUGUGAUUUCUAGUCCAUUCAAACCCAAGAGAAAUGCCUUGUUCUUGGUGGAUCUACAGUUAGACAACACAGGUGUACAUUACAGUACAAAUAUUAACAGUUUUGAAUCAUCUCUGGUUGGAUUGUUUGACAAAGGGAUACAGUCGACACAGAAUGUUCCACAGCUUGAGAAGUACAUUCUGGAGGACAUUUUCUGGUCCGGAACUCCACUGUUGGAAUCUGUUGGUGAACAUGAGCCUCAUGUUGAAGAACUGCGUGAAAAUAUCAAACAUGCUAUCAGGAAGUCUCUCAUUCCAAUGAAAGCCUAUGCUCGAGAAUACGAGAAACAUCUCGAGAUCAUGAACCUUGAUAUCAACCAGUAUGUCAGGGACUAUGAAGCCCAGGAGCACACUGCUCUUGAAGUGAAACAGGAAGUUGAGAUGCACUUAAAAGAAAAAGACAUUAUCGAGGCAACCAUUCCUAGCAACCUCAUUAUUGGUCCAUUCUGGAUCAAUACGGACUCAGUACGACAAAACUUGUCAAAGAAACGCAAAAAUCUCAGUAAUGCUGUACUCGAGUACCUGGCGAGACAUUUGAGAAAACAGGCUGAUGAAGCAUGUGAAGAAUUUAAAGCAAUCAGCCGAAAACUGUAUGACAAAUGCAACUGCAUAGAGGAGCUGUCAGACAUGAGGGAAUGGAUGAAAUCUAUCCCUGAAAAACUCAAAGAACAUCAAGAUUUGAUUGACAAAGCUAUGGAUGACUAUGAACUCAUAGAAGAAUUUUACUACAAUCUGUCUACAGAUGACUUUAAUCUCAAAUGGACAGCUAUAGGGUGGCCACACAAGAUUGAGGUACAGAUGGAACAGACAUACAAUCAGCUAGAGGAAGAUGAAGAAAGAUUCAGAAAACUACAGUCAUCUGAUCAGGCCAACUUUAACGACAGGCUUGAUACACUACAGAUGGUUGUUGCUGGAAUGGCCGCACACAGUGACAUCAGCAAGGGUCACGAGAUUGCCAAUGAAGUACGAAGAGUUGCCAAGCAGCUGAAGGAAGCACAGGGACUGUCCAGCACAUACAAUAACAGAGAAAGACUGUUUGGCAUGCCUGUAACUAACUAUGACAAGCUGGGAAAGCUUGUGAAGGACUUUGAGCCUUUCCGUAAUCUCUGGGUCACAACUUCUGAUUGGAUGAGAUGGCACGAGUCAUGGAUGAACGAUCCAUUGACAUCUAUCAAUGCUGAGGAGUUAGAGAAGAACGUGAAUGAAGCGUACAAAACAAUGCACAAGUCUGUCAAAGUCUUCAAUGAUAUCCCAAGUGUUCAGCAGGUGGCACAAGAGAUCAAGGGUAUGAUUGAAGAGUUCAAACCCUACAUUCCACUGAUCCAAGGUCUACGAAACCCUGGUAUGAGGAGCAGACAUUGGGACACGUUGUCCAAUGAGCUUGGAUUCUCUGUCGUACCAAAGGCUAACUUGACAUUCAGUAAAUGUCUUGAGAUGAAUCUCAAUGACCACAUUCAGACUAUAGCCAAGGUUGCUGAGGUUGCUGGCAAGGAAUACUCCAUUGAACAGGCUUUGGAUAAGAUGGAGAAAGAAUGGGAACCAGUGCAGUUUGAAAUCAUGCCAUACAAGGAAACUGGCACUUACAUCCUGCGUUCUUCAGAGGACACGUCUCAACUGCUCGACGACCAUAUUGUCAUGACACAGAGUAUGUCAUUUUCACCAUACAAGAAACCGUUUGAAGAAAGAAUCAACAACUGGGAAAAUAAACUCACAACUACUCAGGAUGUGCUUGAUGAAUGGCUCAACUGCCAGAGAGCCUGGUUGUACCUUGAGCCAAUCUUCAGCUCGGAGGAUAUCAACCGACAACUGCCAGUGGAGAGCAAGAGAUACGCCACCAUGGAACGCAUGUGGAGAAAAAUUAUGAAGAAUGCCAAAGAAAACCCACAGGUUAUCUCCCUGUGUCCAGACAGCCGUCUCCUUGACAACCUGAAGGAAUGCAACAAGUUGUUGGAGCAGGUACAGAAAGGUCUCAGUGAAUACCUGGAGACGAAGCGUAAUGCCUUCCCACGAUUCUACUUCCUGUCUGACGAUGAACUGCUUGAGAUUCUCUCACAGACCAAGGAUCCCACAGCCGUACAGCCUCAUCUUAGAAAAUGCUUUGAGAACAUUGCCAAGCUUCGUUUUGAGGAUGACUUACAGAUCACACGUAUGUACUCCGGUGAAGGUGAGGAGGUGGAGUUCCGAGGGAAGAAGUUGUAUCCAACGGGCAAUGUGGAGGACUGGAUGUUGGAGAUAGAGAACUGUAUGAAAGAAAGUCUCCGUCUCAUCAUUGAGGAAAGUCUGGAUGACUACAAAAAGGUACCAAGAACAGAAUGGGUAUUGAAGUGGCCAGGUCAGGUAGUGUUAGCCGGAUGUGGUGCAUACUGGGCGACUAAUGUAACAGCGGCACUUGAGAGGAAAGCCCUAGGGGAAUAUUUCAAGGAGGAGAUAUUACCCCAGCUUAAUGAUUUAAGAGAACUUGUUAAUAAAAAAAUAUCAAAGAUUGGACGUAUGACAUUAUCUGCCUUGAUUGUGAUAGAAGUGCACGCGAGAGAUGUGAUCAUCAAUAUGUUGGAGAACAACGUGGAGAACGUCAAUGAUUUUGAAUGGAUCAGUCAACUUAGGUAUUACUGGCAUGAUGACAACUUGUUUAUUCGGGCUGUGAAUGCAGAAUUCCCAUACGGGUAUGAGUACCUUGGUAACACAAUGAGGCUUGUGAUCACUCCUCUCACUGACAGAUGUUACCUUACCCUCACUGGUGCCCUGCAUCUCAAGUUUGGAGGGGCUCCAGCAGGACCUGCAGGGACAGGGAAAACAGAAACAACAAAGGAUCUGGCAAAGGCCAUGGCUAUUCAGUGUGUGGUCUUCAACUGCUCUGACCAGCUUGACUUCAUGGCUAUGGGCAAGUUCUUCAAGGGUCUUGCCAGCUGUGGAGCUUGGGCGUGUUUUGACGAGUUCAACCGUAUAGAUAUUGAAGUGUUGUCUGUAGUUGCUAUGCAGAUUAUGACCAUUACCAGAGCCCAGGAAGCUAAAUUGGACAGAUUUGUAUUUGAAGGAGUAGAGCUACCAUUGAAGGCAUCCUGUGCUGUGUUUAUCACAAUGAACCCUGGUUAUGCUGGUAGAACUGAGCUACCAGACAACCUGAAGGCAUUGUUCCGUCCAGUAGCUAUGAUGGUACCAGACUAUGCCUUGAUUGCAGAAAUCAGUUUGUUCUCUUUUGGUUUCUCAGAAGCCAAACAAUUAGCCAAGAAAAUUGUGUCUACCUUCAAGCUGUCAUCAGAGCAGCUCAGUUCACAGGACCAUUAUGAUUUUGGUAUGAGAGCUGUCAAGUCUGUGAUAUCUGCCGCUGGUAACCUCAAGAGACAGUACUUUGACAUGGACGAGGAACUGAUUGCCCUCAGAGCCAUCAGAGAUGUAAAUGUGCCCAAGUUCUUAGUGGAUGACUUGAAAUUGUUCAAUGGUAUCGUCUCUGAUCUGUUCCCCAAUAUUAAAGAACAGCCCAUUGAUUAUGGUACACUUGAUGAAUAUUUGAGAAAGUCUUGCCCAAAACUUGGAAUCAAAGAUGUUGAAGGUUUUAUCAACAAGUGUAUACAGCUGUUUGAGACAACUGUGGUACGACACGGUCUUAUGUUGGUUGGUCCAACUGGAUCUGGUAAAACGAAGUGUUAUGAGACCUUGAAGAUGGCACAGACAGCACUAACUGGUCAGCUGUCACCUGCAGGCUUCACUUUCACAGCUACACAUUCCUAUGUUCUCAACCCAAAAUCUAUCACUAUGGGUCAGCUGUACGGAGAAUUUGAUGCCCUCACUCACGAAUGGACUGAUGGUAUCUUGUCAACACUCAUUCGUGGUGGUUCGUCAGCAACAAAUGAAGACAAACGUUGGUAUGUCUUUGAUGGACCAGUAGACGCUGUCUGGAUUGAGAACAUGAACACUGUACUGGAUGACAAUAAGAAACUGUGUCUUAGCAGUGGAGAAAUCAUCAAACUCACUGACCACAUGACAAUGAUGUUUGAAGUGGCUGAUUUAGCUGUCGCCUCCCCAGCUACUGUCAGUAGAUGUGGUAUGGUAUACCUGGAACCAAGCUAUAUUGGACUGCCACCUUUUGUAGAAUGCUGGCUGAGAAACAUUCCAGAAAAUAUCUACCCAUACAUGGAGAAACUACAGGAGUUGUUUGACAAAUUCAUGGAGCCUGCCAUAGACUUUGUGCGUCAUCAUGUUCGAGAGAUAGUUGGCACGGUGGAUUGUAAUCUAGUGUUCAGCCUCCUCAAACUGCUAGAGUGCUUCUUUACUCCAUUCAUGCCCAAAGAGGGCAUGCUGGCAGGAAAAUCUGAUGAAAAAGGGGGAAAUAAAAAAAGAUUUGGAGAGAAGCCGAUUCCAGCAGAAAGACUUGCUCGUAUUGAGGAACUCAUUGAACCAUGGUUUAUAUUUGCCCUUGUCUGGUCAGUGGGUAUGACAGGAGACCAUGACAGUCAGCUCAAAUUCUCAAAAUGGAUCAAGGACAAAAUGAAGGAAGAAGGGAUCAAGAUGUUAUACCCUGAGGAAGGUAAUGUCUAUGCCUACAAUCUGGAUGAUGCAGGUAUCAGCAGUUCAGAGAGUGAUGAUGCACUUGAUGAUGAAGAAAAGGGUGAACGCAAGAAGAAAUCUGAUCGAAUCCAGUGGGUGGGCUGGAUGGAAGAUAGAGAUGCCUUCGUUAUUCCACCAGAGACAAAGUUUUCUGACAUUAUUGUACCCACUAUAGACACAGUGAGAAGUUCUUAUCUUCUAGAAAUGCUGCUGGUGAACAAGAAAACGGUGCUGUCUAUAGGUCCGACUGGUACUGGUAAAACUUUGACCAUUUCUGAUAAGUUGUCACGCAACAUGCCGAAGGAAUACAUUCCAGACUUCAUCGUGUUCUCUGCCAAAACAAGCGCCAACCAGACACAAGAUCUCAUCGAUGGCAAACUGGACAAGAGACGUAAGGGAGUGUUUGGACCACCUCUAGGAAAGUACUUUGUGUUUUUCGUUGAUGAUUUGAACAUGCCUGCACUAGAGACGUAUGGUGCCCAACCCCCAAUAGAACUUGUCAGACAGUUCAUGGACUUUAAGGGAUGGUAUGACAGAAAGGCUAUCGGUGAGUUCCGCCGUCUUGUUGAUGUGAACUUUGUUUGUGCCAUGGGUCCGCCAGGUGGAGGACGUAACCCAACAACUGCCCGUCUGCUGCGUCACUUUAACUUCCUGACUUUCACAGAAAUGGAGGACAGCAGUUUGAAGAAUAUCUUUGGAUGCAUCCUUAAAUCUUGGAUAUCCCAGAAUGCAGGAAUAUCUGGCCACUGUGAUAAACUGACAGAGAUGACCAUCCAUGUAUACAACACGAUCAGUACACAGUUACUGCCAACCCCAGCCAAGUCGCACUACACCUUCAACUUGAGAGAUCUGUCCAAGGUGUUCCAGGGAAUACUCAUGGCAGAACCAGGCAAAAUUGAUGGUGUUGCCUCGCUGUUGAGACUGUGGUACCAUGAAUCAUGCAGAGUGUUCCAGGAUCGACUUGUCAGUGAUGAAGACCGCAACUGGUUCGAUGACCUGUUGAAAGAGAAGAUGAAGUCUGACUUUGAAGCAAAGAUAGAAGAAGUGAUCAAUCUUGAGCCCAUUCUCUAUGCUGACUUGCUGUCUGCCAAUGUGGAGAACAAAAUCUAUUGUGAAGUUACUGAUCAUCUAAAAUUACAAAAGACUUGUGAGGAUAUGCUGGAUGAUUACAACCAAAUCAACACGGCACAGAUGAACCUUGUGCUGUUUAUGGACGCUCUCAAACACGUUUCCCGUAUCAGUCGUGUUAUCAGACAGCCCCUUGGUAACGCUCUCUUACUUGGUAUGGGUGGAUCAGGACGUCAGAGCUUGACCAGACUUGCUGCUCACAUGGCAGACUAUGAGUGCUUCCAGAUAGAACUGGCCAAGAACUAUGGUAACAAUGAAUGGCGUGAAGAUUUGAGAAAAGUUAUGAUGAAAGCUGGACUGGAAAAUAAUCCAACUGUAUUCUUAUUCAGUGACACACAGAUCAAAAGUGAAUCUUUCCUAGAAGAUCUGAACAACAUUUUGAAUGCCGGUGACGUUCCAAACAUCUACGGUUUUGAUGAGCAGGAUCAGAUCUACACUGCUAUGAAGCCGAUCUGUCUGGAUGCCGGGCUCAUACCCACAAAGACCAACUUGUUCUCCAUGUACACAAAACGUGUACGCAGCAACCUACAUACAGUGAUCACAAUGAGUCCACUGGGAGAGAUAUUCCGUGCCAGACUGCGUCAGUUCCCUGCUCUUGUCAACUGUUGUACUAUAGACUGGUUUAGUGAAUGGCCAGCUGAUGCUCUGAAGUCUGUAGCCUUGAAAUUCCUUCAAGAUAUCCCAGAGUUGGAUACCACAGAUGAAGUCAUGGAUGGUCUGGUGACACUGUGUCAAGUCAUUCAUCAGUCAGUGGCAACAAACUCAAUCAAGUAUUUGGCUGAGAUGUCACGACAUAAUUAUGUGACACCAACAAGUUAUCUAGAGCUGCUGGGAAUCUUCUCAAAACUUGUUGGGAUGAAGAAGAUGGAGCUCAACACAUCUAAAAAUAGACUGAAGACAGGUCUCGAAAAGUUGUUGACAACCGCAGAAGAAGUGGACAAACUCCAGGAAGAGUUGGCGACCAUGAAACCACUGUUGGAGGAAGCUGUGAAAGAAUCAAUCAGUACAAUGGAGAAGAUCUCCAAGGAUACAAUAGUGGCUGAGGAGACAAAGUCGGUUGUGCAGACUGAAGAAGCUGCCGCCACUAUCAAAGCUCAAGAAACACAAGCAAUUGCUGAUGAUGCUCAGAGAGAUCUGAAUGAAGCUUUACCUGCUCUCGACGCUGCUGUAGCCAGUUUGAAGUCACUGAACAAGAAUGAUGUAGUGGAGGUACGAGCUAUGCAGAGACCACCAGAUGGUGUGAAGAUGGUCAUUGAAGCUGUUUGUAUCAUGAAGGGGAUUAAACCAAAGAGAGUGGCAGGAGAUAAGCCUGGACAGAAGAUAGAUGAUUACUGGGAACCAGGUAAAGCCCUGUUGUCAGACCCUGGCAAGUUCCUCGAGAGUCUGUUCAAGUUUGACAAGGACAAUAUUCCAGACUCAGUGAUCAAACUUAUUCAGCCCUACAUAGAUGAUGAAGCCUUUACCCCUGCUGCUAUAGCCAAGGUCUCAAAAGCUUGUACAUCUAUCUGCAUGUGGACAGGGGCUAUGCACAAAUAUCACUUUGUUGCAAAAGGUGUAGCACCUAAGCGUGAACGCCUCCGUGUCGCUUCUGAAGAGCUGGCCGAGACACAGCGUAUUCUAGCUGCAGCUAAAGCAAGACUGGCAGAAGUUGAGGAAGGUAUUGCAACACUUCAAGCCAAGUAUGAUGACUGUGUGAGGAAAAAGGAUGAAUUGGAACAAAAGUGUUCAGAGUGUGAAGGACGUCUUGUAAGAGCUGACAAGCUUAUUGGUGGAUUAGCUGAUGAGAAGGAGAGAUGGAAGGUGUCGGUUGAAAAGCUUGAAUCGGUCAUUAACAACUUUGUAGGUGAUGUGCUGGUGUCCUCGGGAUAUGUUGCAUAUCUUGGAACAUUCACUGGCAAGUAUAGGCACAGUAUGCAGGAAGAAUGGGUGGCAGCAUUAGACAGUAACAAAGUACCACGCACAGAUGAGCCAACCCUUAUAGCUACCCUGAGUGACCCCGUCAAGGUACGAAGCUGGCAGAUAUAUGGUCUACCAAAGGACAACUUGUCUGUUGAGAAUGGUGUAAUCGUACAGUUCUCCAGAAGAUGGCCACUCUUUAUAGAUCCACAGGGACAAGCAAAUAGAUGGGUGAAAAGUAUGGAAAAAGACAAUGGUCUGGAUGUGAUCAAAUUAUCAGACAAGGAUUUCUUACGUAGUUUGGAGAAUGCUGUAAGAUUUGGCAAACCAUGUCUACUGGAGAACAUACAGACAGAACUGGAUCCUGCUCUAGAACCUAUUCUUCUUAGACAGACAUUCAAACAGCAGGGUAGCACAGUGAUCAAGCUUGGUGAUGCUGUAAUUCCAUACCACGAUGAUUUUAAGUUCUACAUCACUACCAAGUUACCUAACCCACAUUACACUCCGGAGGUCUCCACUAAAGUCUCCAUUGUCAACUUUACUCUGUCUCCAAGUGGUCUAGAGGACCAGAUGUUGGGUAUUGUUGUUGCUGAGGAAAGACCUGAUCUUGAAGAGGCCAAGAACCAGCUGAUUGUCAGCAAUGCAAAGAUGAAGCAGGAGUUGAAGGAGAUUGAGAACAAGAUCUUGUAUAGACUGAGUACGUCCGAGGGCAGUCCUGUAGAUGAUAUAGAUCUCAUCCACACUCUUGAGGCUUCCAAGAUCAAGUCAAUGGAAAUUUCUGCUAAAGUGUUGGUAGCAGAACAGACAGAGAAGGAUAUUGAUAUAACAAGAAUGCAGUAUAUCCCUGUAGCUGUGAACACACAGAUCUUGUUCUUCUGUGUUGCCGACAUGGCAAACAUUGAUCCUAUGUACCAGUACUCCCUCGAGUGGUUCGUCAAUAUCUUCCUUGGUGGAAUCAGUAAUGCUGAAAGGGCAGAUAACCUUGCUCAGAGAGUGGAGAAUAUCAACAAAUACUUCACAUUCAGUCUCUAUAGUAACGUGUGUAGAUCGUUGUUUGAGAAACACAAGCUUCUGUUUGCUUUCCUUCUUAGUACACGUAUCAAACAGUACAACAACCUUAUUGACAUGGAUGAGUGGCGUUUCUUCCUGGCUGGAGGCACAGUCAAACCAAAGAACAUAGAGAACCCGUCCCCAGACUGGGUAUCAUCAAGGUCCUGGAAUGAUAUCCUUACAUCAGCUGUUCUUCCAAAGUUUGCAAACUUUCCAGAGGACUUCAAGAACCAUCUAGAUGGCUUUAAGAAAAUAUUUGACAGUCCAGAACCUCACAGAGAGCCGUUGCCAGGCAACUGGAAUACAGACCUAGAUUCCUUCCAGAAGAUGAUUGUACUUAAAUGUUUGAGAACAGACAAGAUCACUGAAGCCAUGCAGGACUAUGUUGCUGAAAGUCUCGGACAGAGAUUUAUUGAACCUCAGACUGCAGAUUUACACUUGGUAUUCAAAGAUUCCUCGCCAACCACACCAUUGAUUUUCGUCCUGUCGACAGGUACUGACCCAGCUGCUGAUCUCUACAAGUUUGCGGAAGAGAUGAGAUUUGGCAAGAAACUUAGUGCCAUCUCACUCGGCCAGGGACAGGGACCUCGUGCUGAGGCAAUGAUGCGUAGUGCUAUGGAGCGUGGAAAAUGGGUGUUCUUCCAGAAUUGUCACUUGGCGCCAAGUUUCAUGCCGGCUUUAGAAAGAAUGAUAGAACAGAUUGAUCCUGAUAAGGUGCAUCGAGAUUUCCGACUGUGGUUGACCAGUAUGCCAAGCGCCAAGUUCCCGGUGUUUAUCCUACAGAAUGGUUCAAAGAUGACUGUUGAACCGCCACGUGGACUCAAGGCCAAUUUGCUAAAGAAUUACUCCAACUUCAGUGACGACUUUUUCAACACUACAGGCGAAAAGAAUCAGAAAACAACAGAAACAGAAGGACUUGAAUUUGAAGUCCACGAGUUCAAGCACUUGUUGCUGUCUAUUGCCUUCUUCCACGGCUGCGUCCUAGAGAGAAGGAAGUUUGGUGCACUCGGUUUCAACAUUCCAUAUGAGUUUACAGAUGGUGAUUUCAGAAUCUGCGUCAGUCAGCUGAAAAUGUUCCUUACAGAAUAUACUCACAUUCCAUUCAAGGUGUUGGUAUACACAGCGGGACAUAUCAACUACGGAGGUCGUGUAACUGAUGAUUGGGAUAGACGUUGUAUGAUGAGCAUUCUGGGAGACUUCUACUGCAAGGACUCUCUUGAUGACGAACACAAGUAUUCCGAGUCUGGAAUAUAUCGCCAGAUAUCCACAUCCAUGGACCAUAAUGGCUACAUGCAAUAUAUAAGAAGUUUGCCAAUUAAUGACACACCAGAAAUAUUUGGCCUCCAUGAUAAUGCAAACAUCACGUUUGCUCAGAAUGAGGCUUUUACUCAACUUGAGGCUUUGCUGAAGCUUCAACCCAAGACUGCUAGCGGAGGCGGAAAAUCCAGAGAAGAGAUUAUGGAAGAGACUGCGAAGAGAAUUUUGGGCCAGGUACCAAAACCAUUUGAUCUAGAAUUAGUGAUGAAGAAAUACCCAGUGAUGUACGAACAGUCCAUGAAUACAGUGCUUAUACAGGAAGUAAUAAGAUACAAUCGCCUGCUCUCUACUGUUCACAAGAGCUUGAAUGACAUUCUGAAGGCACUGAAGGGUUUGGUUGUCAUGUCACAGGAACUUGAAGAUAUGUCUAUCUCACUCUUCAACAACAUGGUGCCCAACAUGUGGGCAAAGAAGGCAUAUCCUUCUCUCAAACCUUUGGCAUCUUGGGUGUUGGAUUUGGUGUCGAGAGUGAAGUUCAUCACGACAUGGAUUGACGAAGGCCUUCCAGUUGUGUACUGGAUCUCGGGAUUCUUCUUCCCACAAGCCUUCCUCACUGGUACCCUGCAGAACUUUGCCAGACAGAAAGUCAUCUCCAUAGAUACAAUCACAUUCGGAUUCCAGAUAAUGCGUGAGAAGGCGGAAGAGUUGAAAGAACCUCCUGCUGACGGCUGUUACAUCAACGGUUUGUUUGUUGAGGGUGCUCGCUGGGACUUCGUCCAUCAUCAGCUUACAGAGUCCAGACCAAAAGAAUUGUACACAGAUCUGCCUGUACUCUGGCUGAAACCAGAGGCUAACAGGAAAAUACCAGAGUCUGGAAUCUAUGACUGUCCUUGCUACAAAACUCUUACUAGAGCAGGUACAUUAUCAACAACUGGGCAUUCAACAAACUUUGUGUUCUCAGUGGAGUUACCAACAGACAAGCUACAGAAACACUGGAUCAAGAGAGCUGUUGCCCUGCUUUGUGCUCUAAACUACUAAAAAAAAGACUCCUGGUGCCCUGCUUUGUGCUUUUACUAUAUAAAAAAACAUUUGAACUUGAAAUAUAUGAACUUGCUUGUGAUCUACAAGAAAAACCAACUACAGUAUUAACCAAUUAUGAACAUAGGUCAGACCUUCAACAUUGUAUAUUAUUUUCUUAUUUAAGAAUUCAAAUCUCAAACUAAAGCCAUCCAUUGAUAUAUAUAUAUUAUAACACAUGUUAUGUAAUACAUGUACUAUAUGUUUCACCAAGUGCUAAAGACACCAAGAGAAAAGUUCUCUGAUGACAUACAUUGGUUCCAAACUAAAUGACCACAUACAUGAAAACCAGUUAAAUAUUAUGAAAAACCAAAAGUAGUGUAUUCUAAGAUUUAAUUUAAAAAUGACUGUUUUCACAAACACUUGAUCAGCUCCCCUGUCUCAAAGGGUCACACAACUUGGAUGUGUCAUAUCUAUCCAAUUUCAUACUUUAGUUGUUCCAUUUUUAUGAUACAUUGUGCCAUGGUAUAUAUAAUCAGGUGAGUGUCUUGGGACCAUAGUUGCUCUCUUGUUCUUGUUCAUAUCUACAUUAUUAAUUGAUUAAAUUUAUUGAUGAUUUGUUGAUAACAGAUUUUUAUAAAAAAAAAUCACAUUACUGUAAAAAAAACAUGUUUAUAUGUAUUUAUUUUGUUAACUACUGUUAAACUUCUAUGAAGUGAAAAAAAUGGAUAUAGAAUUGAUGAAUUGCCAUUAUAGGAGAAUGGUGAGAUAUAUAUAUAUAUAUAUAUAUAUAUAUAUAUAUAUAUAUAUAUAUAUACUUUCAUGUAUAUAAUUGUACAUUUACAUUGAUUAAUGUUUCUUUCUUUGCAAACUGUUUUUGUGUUUGAAGGUUAUUUUCGUAUUUAUAUAUUGACUCAAGAAUCCGUCCGAAAUCUGUUGUAUGGUAACAUACUGAAUUUCUGUGUUGGACAUGUGACCGAGAUGGGAUUUCUAUGUAUUCAGUUUUGAUAAUUUUACUUUAUUUAAUUCUGGUUCACUAUAGGGUCGGAAAUAUUCAUAUGAGAGUUUAAGGAAAACCUGCAAAAACUGUUAAUAAUUAUCAAGUAAUGACAGUUCCUCAUCCAGCUAAAAAAUAUCCUCAUUCUGUCUGUUUAAAUUGCUGCCGUUUUUUCCUUGUUUAGGUUAAACAGACUUUGCAGUUUGAACUUCAUUUCAUUUAACUAUAUAUCAGUGUCCAGGAAGUAGAUUUCAGAAAGGAAACAUGCUGAAUAAUUUUUCAGACAAUGUAUUAAGUAUUUUUUACAUCUUUAUAAGUUUGUCAAUUCAGUAGAAUGUGACCCUGCCUUAUUCUAUAAGAAAAGAAAGAAUACAGUUGUUAUUGUGUAGAUCAGACUCUAACAAAAUGAGAGUUUGUACUUUGUUAAACAAGAAUUCCAUCCAAAUACAGACUGUGAUAGUUUUUUUCUGUUUACUUUAUAUUUAUUUAGUUAUGUUUAUUUAUUUGACAGAUUAUAACCAAACUUAACCAAAGUAUAUUAUUUAAGAUGCUGCUGAUAUAUAUUUUUUUUUCUAAAAUAAAAUAACAUCUGUGAUAUUACAAGUUUAGAUGAAAUGUUUUACGAGAGAGAAAAAAUAAAAUUGAAGAUCUUAA